AUGUAUGGAGAUUGGUAUAGGAAGGAAUACAAAGCUGGCCAAAACUCUCAGGGGGAACAGUCAGAGACCUUGCUGUCAGACACCGAGAGUUCAGACUCGCGCCAGAAACCUCGAAGAAGUACGAUAUCUCGAUGCGGCAUAACAGUAUUGUUCCUUGCGUCUCUUUGCGUUGCGGCCGGGCUUGGAGCAUGGCUCGGUAGUCGAUGGCACAUAGGUGCUGAUCAUUUCUGUGCUGCACAUGCUUCUCAAUAUUCACCGAUUCGGAAAGACGUUGAUAUAACCUACAAUGUGAUCCGGUUUAAUGGCUCUUUGUUGAAGGAGAACGUCUAUCGACAGGAUGCAGGCCCCGAUGUCGACGCAGCCUGGGCAUCCCUCGGCGUGGACUACCGUAGCGUAAUGAUACCUGUGGACGAAGCUGCAAAGUCGGGCCUUUUAGCUGAUCAGGUCAAAAUCGCUGACAAGUACGGUGGUGGAUUCCCAGCCAACAUGGAGGGUCUCCAUCAGCUCCAUUGCUUGGUAAACAACGGACAUAGUCUUCUUACGACCUUCGCUGACAAGAUUGUUGACCAGAAUCUUCUCCGAAAAUCUCUGUACUAUAAUUUUGACCAUUACCAUGCGCUUGGCGAAGGAGCUUUUUCGAACUCAGAUCAUAUUCUCCGGCACCAUGUUUCUCACUGUCUCGAUAUCAUCCGACAGCAGCUCAUGUGCACGAUUGACACAGGGGUCCUAGGCCAGGUUUGGUGGAAUCCGAGUUGGCCAGAAGCAUAUGUGGACUUCAAUACCCAGCACAAAUGUAAAAACUUUGACGCAAUUCGUCAAUGGGCAGAGAACCAUCAGCUCCCCAAGGAUAUUCCGUUUGAUUUCUUGCAGCCGCCACAAGAAGGCGACACGAUAUAUGAGCACAUACCAUGA